GUUUUAUGUUUUUCGCCGAACAUUUCUCUUCUCCUCUCUCUCCACAUUACCCCCAAAAAGAAGAGGGAAAAAAAGAAAAAUCGAUCAAUCCCCGAUCAUUCGUUAGAUCGAUCUUCACUAUUUUCCUAAUUCUCAAUUCUGUUUCUGAAAUUUUCUGAUUUUUUUAUCAAGAAAUUAAUUUUGUUGGUUAGGGUUAGGGUUUAUUGUGUUUAGAAAUGGGACAACAGUCAUUGAUCUACAGUUUCGUUGCUAGAGGAACAGUUAUCUUGGCCGAAUACACUGAAUUCACAGGGAAUUUUACAACAAUUGCUUCUCAAUGUCUUCAAAAACUACCUGCUAGUAAUAAUAAGUUUACCUAUAACUGCGAUAAUCACACCUUCAAUUACCUCGUAGAAGACGGGUUCACCUACUGUGUGGUCGCAGUCGAAUCUGCCGGUAGACAAGUACCUAUUGCAUUCCUAGAACGUGUUAAGGAUGACUUCAACAAGAGAUAUGCAGGAGGAAAGGCUGCAACUGCUGUUGCACACAGCCUUAACAAGGAGUUUGGGUCAAAGCUUAAGGAGCAUAUGCAGUACUGUGUGGAUCAUCCAGAGGAAAUCAGCAAACUUGCUAAAGUUAAGGCUCAGGUUACUGAAGUAAAGGGAGUGAUGAUGGAAAAUAUUGAGAAGGUUCUCGACCGAGGUGAAAAAAUUGAGCUUCUGGUUGACAAAACAGAGAACCUUCGAUCACAGGCACAAGAUUUCAGGCAACAGGGAACAAAGAUGAGGAGGAAGAUGUGGCUACAGAACAUGAAGAUAAAGCUUAUAGUUCUUGGUAUUCUCGUUGCCUUGAUUUUGAUCAUUGUUCUUUCUGUUUGCCAUGGAUUCAACUGUUAGAUGUACCCCUACAAAGAAGACAGACAGCGUAUCAUUCAGUCUCACUUUCUUUCCAGUUGCUACUCUACUCUAUCCCUUGAUUAGGAAAAACAAAAUAUAGCAGUCUUUACUAGAAUUAGCGCGUGCAUUAUCCAUCCGUGUUCUGUGAAUUAUUUGUCCUUUUUUUUCUUCUUCUUACCUGUGAUUCCUUUCUGGUUAUGGUCAGCAGUUCUUUUGUUGUUUUUUUUUCUUUUUUUUUUCUGGGAUGGAAUGGUUGUUUGUAUUUUGUACGACUAUUUGCGUGUAUAGAUAAAUGUAGGCAUGAAUUCAUUAUUUUGCGGAAGUAGAAGAGCUACAUUAUAUUUUGAUCA